AUGCACUACUUAUCGUUCUUUCACUCCAAAAUCCAUUCCAUCCACACCACACAUCAUCUGCUCCACCUCACCAUCUGCUCCCACCUCACCAUCUGCUCCACCUCACCAUCUGCUCCACCUCACCAUCUGCUCCACCUCACCAUCUGCUCCACCUCACCAUCUGCACCAUCUGCUCCACCUCACCAUCUGCUCCACCUCACCAUCUGCUCCACCUCAACAUCUGCUCCACCUCACCAUCUGCACCUCACCAUCUGCACCAUCCUCCCACCUCCCAUCUCACCAUCCUCACCACCUCACCAUCUGCUCCACCUACCACUCACCAUCUGCUCCACCUCACCAUCUGCACCAUCUGCUCCACCUCACCAUCUGCUCCACCUCAUCAUUGCUCCACACCUCACCAUCUGCUCCACCUCACCAUCUGCUCCACCUCACCAUCUGCUCCACCUCACCAUCUGCUCCACCUCACCAUCUGCACCAUCACCAGCUCCACCUCACCACUCCACCUCACCAUCUGCUCACCAUCUGCUCCACCUCACCAUCUUCACCAUCUGGGCUCCACCUCACCAUCUGCUCACACCUCACCAUCUGCUCCAUUCUGCUCCACCUCACCAUCUGCUCCACCUCACCAUCUGCACCCUCAUCUGCUCACCAUCACCAUCUGCUCCCUCACCAUCUGCUCCACCUCAUCUGCUCCACCUCCAUCCACUCACCAUCUGCUCCACCUCACCAUCUGCUCCAUCACCAUCUGCUCCACCUCACCAUCUGCUCCAUCUGCUCCACCUCUGCUCCACCUCCACCUCAACAUCUGCUCCACCUCACCAUCUGCUCCACCUCACCAUCUGCUCCAUCUGCUCCACCUCACCAUCUGCUCCACCUCACCAUCUGCACCAUCUGCUCCACCUCACCAUCUGCACCAUCUGCUCCACCUCACCAUCUGCUCCACCUCACCAUCUGCUCCACCUCAACAUCUGCUCCACCUCACCAUCUGCUCCACCUCACCAUCUGCUCCAUCUGCUCCACCUCACCAUCUGCUCCACCUCACCAUCUGCUCCAUCUGCUCCACCUCACCAUCUGCUCCACCUCACCAUCUGCUCCAUCUGCUCCACCUCACCAUCUGCUCCACCUCACCAUCUGCACCAUCCAAAUCUCCUCACAGACAUGAAAAUGAAAACCUGCCACCUCGACCCCCCCCCCCUCUUCAUCUUUUACAUGCUCCCUCUUGGCCGCAUCAUUCAACUCAUCCUCAUCGGACCCAAAUCCCUCCUCCCCUCUGCCCAGAACAUCUCCCUCAUCAUCCCCCGUCUCCGCCCCUCCCUCAUCAUCCCCCGUCUCCACCCCUCCCUCAUCCUCCCCCGUCUCCGCCCCUCCCUCAUCCUCCCCCGUCUCCGCCCCUCCCUCAUCAUCCCCCGUCUCCGCCCCUCCCUCAUCAUCCCCCGUCUCCGCCCCUCCCUCAUCAUCCCCCGUCUCCGCCCCUCCCUCAUCCUCCCCCGUCUCCGCCCCUCCCUCAUCAUCCCCCGUCUCCGCCCCUCCCUCAUCAUCCCCCGUCUCCGCCCCUCCCUCAUCCUCCCCCCGUCUCUCCGCCCCUCCCUCAUCCUCCCCCGUCUCCGCCCCUGCCUCAUCAUCCCCCGUCUCCGCCCCUCCCUCAUCAUCCCCCGUCUCCGCCCCUCCCUCAUCAUCCCCCGUCUCCGCCCCUCCCUCAUCCUCCCCCGUCUCCGCCCCUCCCUCAUCAUCCCCCGUCUCCGCCCCUCCCUCAUCAUCCCCCGUCUCCGCCCCUCCCUCAUCCUCCCCCGUCUCCGCCCCUCCCUCAUCCUCCCCCGUCUCCGCCCCUGCCUCAUCAUCCCCCGUCUCCGCCCCUCCCUCAUCAUCCCCCGUCUCCGCCCCUCCCUCAUCAUCCCCCGUCUCCGCCCCUCCCUCAUCAUCCCCCGUCUCCGCCCCUCCCUCAUCAUCCCCCGUCUCCGCCCCUCCCUCAUCCUCCCCCGUCUCCGCCCCUCCCUCAUCAUCCCCCGUCUCCGCCCCUCCCUCAUCAUCCCCCGUCUCCGCCCCUCCCUCAUCCUCCCCCGUCUCCGCCCCUCCCUCAUCCUCCCCCGUCUCCGCCCCUGCCUCAUCAUCCCCCGUCUCCGCCCCUCCCUCAUCAUCCCCCGUCUCCGCCCCUCCCUCAUCAUCCCCCGUCUCCGCCCCUCCCUCAUCCUCCCCCGUCUCCGCCCCUCCCUCAUCAUCCCCCGUCUCCGCCCCUCCCUCAUCAUCCCCCGUCUCCGCCCCUCCCUCAUCCUCCCCCGUCUCCGCCCCUCCCUCAUCCUCCCCCGUCUCCGCCCCUGCCUCAUCAUCCCCCGUCUCCGCCCCUCCCUCAUCAUCCCCCGUCUCCGCCCCUCCCUCAUCAUCCCCCGUCUCCGCCCCUCCCUCAUCCUCCCCCGUCUCCGCCCCUGCCUCAUCCUCCCCCGUCUCCGCCCCUCCCUCAUCAUCCCCCCCACACCCGCUCCAGAGACCACAUCACCCCUGUCCUCAAACGACUCCACUGGCUCCCUGUUCCAGACCGCAUAA